AUGGAAGAAUUCAUGCCCACAGCCAAAGUACAAGAGGAUAUCGUAGCUGAUCUGGCUCACAUUGUUCCUAGAGUUAUUGUUCACCACAUGAAACCAUACAAAGAAUUUAAGAAUGCAGUGGUAUACCAUAUUCCUCAUGAACACACAAAUGAAAUGUCCACAAACUCUGAAAUUGUAAGUCAAUUUACUAAUAUCAAAUAAGAAUAAAAUUAUCUGGCAUUAUGCAGAAUAAAAUGCAUCUGAAACUCUCUAUUCUCUAAUAAUAAAGUAGGGUGCAUCUGAGUACAUUGCCACUUAAAGGGUUAAUCACUGGUUGUAAUGAUCAAAAUAAUAUAUACAUAAUUGGUUAAUGCUUUUGCUUUGUUCCUAUUGUCAUUUCGUGCUGUCAAAUUGUUUACUAAUAAAAAUAAUUAAUUAAUUUAGAAUACAUUUAUUUUCAAUUUAAAUUUCAGUGCCCACUAGGACUUCAUUUUUUAAAUUCUAAUAAAGCUGCAGAGAUGGCUCAGAUUCUGGAUGACGUGCACAGUAAAUACGUUCCAACAGUAACUUUGGAUGUACCAGUAGUCCUUGAUCAUGUAAUAUUGGAUGGUGAUCAAUUAACCGAGGAGAGAGCAAGGAAUGCUCAGUGGGCAAAUUCACUGGCUGGAACACAGGCAGAAAGAAUGGAAGGAAUAACACCUGGUUUUGCUGAUUGGCAUCUAAAAAAAAAUUUCUUAACUGUAUGUUUAACUGUCUUAAAAUUAAUGAAUACUAAAAAUUAUAGAUGGAUCUUUGGAUUUUGCCAUGGGGGGUGACAAAAAUUUAGGGGGCCAAGCCCCCAGAAAAUGUUGAGAAUUUUGGUCUUAUUUAGUUCAAAAUCCUUGUUUUUGCGUUAGAUAGUCCAAAAUCAUUAUUUCAAUCAAACUAUGAGCAGUUGGUGGUGGUGGUGGUGGUGGUGAGGGGGGGGGGUGCAAUAUAUGGUGGGUGGAAAAACUUUGGAGGAGGGGUGGAGGGAGUGCCAUAUAUUGAAAUUACAUGUGAAUUAAUAAUUGUAUUUGAAAAUAUUGCCUGAUCAUAUGUAAUCAACAUGUGAAUUGCUUGGUUAUAAUGAGGUACUGUAAUUGACUUUGAUGUACUUGGCGUUUUAGUCUGCUUAGCGGGCACAUUUCUUUACCUAGUUGACGCAUCUUGAUGCGGAACCUUUGCCCCUUAAUUAAUUAGUAAUAUUAUUGCUGAUGGGGCCAUGUUUAUAUUUUGUGGCAGUGCGUUGUGGAUCCAGCACUUGCCACAAGUGUGCCACAGCACAGGUUCUUGGUUACACUGUACAAAUACUCGAAUAAUUAAUGGUUAUUUCUUAACAGUGCUGCCCUAAUUGUAUUGCAGAUUUGCUCAAAGCUUUUCUUUAAAGAAGGAUCUGCUGGGGAAAUUGGCACAUCAUGUGCGUCAAUGAAUCGAACAGGCAAAAGUAAUGCCAAGAAAGGACCAGACGAAGAUUACAAUGCUUACAGUGAUUUCAUACAGCAUGAAAGUGAGGCACAUAUCAUUGCAAAAUGGAUUGCAUUCGCAGGAAUGAAAGAUAUGGAAAGUAUAUAUUAUACCAUUAUUUUGUUAAGCUCUUUUCCACACUAAAAAAUUGCUCAAAUUAUAUAUGUAUAUUAUUAAAAGGGGCAACAUUUUCUUAUUGUUGACCACCCAUGUUUGGUACACAAGUUAUUUUCUUUUUGUUAUCUAAAAGUAAUGGAAAAUAUCUAAUGUGCUGUGAAUAUGGCAGACUGUAUGUCAGUACCAUAUUAUAAUAGUUCAGGCAGGAUAAUUAAAAGUUCUUUUAAUUAAAACUUUCUAAAUACUUUUAAAUUAAUGGACAAUGUUUGCAAUGUGUCCAAUUAAUGUACAAUUAUGACAUUUUGGUAAUUGGAAAAGAUCACCUUUUGUGCAUUACACUAAAGAUGCCUGUUUUUUAUAUCGGCUUUUUUUCCCCAAAAACAAUUUAGGUUCCCCAUUAACAAGACCAAUUCCAGAUAUCACCAACUGGGACCUUCAGACGAAAAGAGAUUGGCUAUACAAAGAAAUGCAUGUCUUUUUAACAGAAAUAUUUCAAAGAACCAAUUUACACGAGAAAGUAGUUAUGUUAGAUGAAGCAUUUACACAAGGAUUCACUUGCCGUCAGACUCAUUGUGAAAAGAAGUUUCAAUUGCACUCAACAAGAAUAAGGUAAUCCAUUGAAUCGCAUUGCGCACUAAUUCGCCCUCUCUCAGACUGUCUAAUUAUUUUAUUAGAUUAUUAUUUUACUGCUUAAUGUCAUACGAUUUUACUCGUCAAGGGUGGCACUGGCACUUAAUGUGUUAAUAUGUGCAAAAAAGUAAUUUUUUAUCUUAUUACUGCAGAUGAUUUCACAUUAUUAUUCCAAACUUCGUCAUUUCAAAAAUUUGCGGCAAGGUUAAAAAAGUUCAUAAUGAAAUUUACAAUCCGUUUUGUAAAAUAAGUAGCAUUUUAAUUUUUUCUAUUCUAGGACAAUCAGAAAUAGCUUUGUUUGCAAAUUGGUUCAUGAAUUUCAUUUUGAAGUUUUGAAAAUUUUUUCAAUUUCUUCAUGCCAAACAUUUUUCUAUCUCAAUGUCAUUUUAUGAUGUAGACAUGAACAACAAAUCCAUAACUUGAUUGUAAAUGAUGGUGGUGAUGAAAGCAGAGACAAAUUUGGCUACUACAAGUGUCGUGGUUCAUGUUCUCUUAUGUUUGCGACUGAUGCUACAAGGAAAAGGUAAAAGUUAGACUGAUUACUAGUAGUAAGAUUACUAUAGUAAAACCAUACUGCUGGACAAUGAGCCUAAUAAAAACUGAACAUUCGCAAACCCACUCCCUUUAAGGGGCAAGGCUGCAAUGAUUUUAUCCUAUUAAGAUUUCACACAGGUCUGCUGAUGAGCCCUCAUAUCUGUCCUUGCUAUGAUGAGGAGGCUAACGAGCCCUGGUCUGCCUUCCUCAUUCAAAAUAUUAUUUGUUAUAAUUUAGUGCUGUGCGCCGGAGUUGCCGGAGCCGGAGUUCUGCUGGAGCUCCGGCGGUUUUUCCGAUGCCGGAGCAGAAUUUUGUAUGCCGGAGCACGGAGCCGGAGUUACGUUUUCCCAGCUCCGGCAAAAUGACAAGAAACCAAUUGAAAUGAGACAAAUGUCAAACGAUUGUUAGUUACUGCAAACUGCCAAUUGCUGUUAAUGAAUUCAUCAUAGACUUAAACUGCCACAGCCCACAGGAACAGCGUCGAAAAGCUGUAAUACGAUCGCAACUUACAAACGUCAUGCUUUCAUGAAGCCAUCUGACUUAGCGCUACAUCGUCUGUGUAUUCAUGCCUUGUAGAUAACGAAAAAGUACAAAAACAAAUAAAUAUCAUCCUUUUGAAAAUGACAGAGUAGUUUGUUUGGGUGCGAACAAUUGCGCUGUGGAGUCUGAGAGUGUUAGCGUCAUGCCUCGCGUCAUGCUAUACAAAAAUUGCAACACUGCCUGGUUUCCAUAUAGAUAUUUUCUGCGUGGUUAAGUGUUUUCACUGUUUUGUUUCCUGAGUUAUGUUAUCUGAUAAUUAAGAAGUGCGAAAAGGGUUAUUCAUAAUAAUGUUAAUAAAAGUUCUCUGAUCGUAAAACAUUUAUUUAAUACUUUAUGAUAUGGCCGGAGCCGGAGCUCAGAGCUAUAAUUCGGCCGGAGCUGGAGAUGAAAAACCGGAGUUUGCACAGCACUAAUUAUAAUUAUGCAACAAUCUUUACAUUUCAGGCAUGAAAGUACAAAACACUCAGAUGUACAUAUUAUGACAAACCCUGUGUUGGAAGAUCAUACAAUGGAACAAGCUUCUGAGACAGACUUUAUUUAUAAUUAUCAUAAUGCCAGACUGCAAUUUGGGAUGCUUUUUAUGAACAUUGUAGAUGCCAUCCGGGAAGGUGAUGGUUUUCGCCUAACAAGAUGCUACAAAUUAGUUAUCCUGUUUGCCUACAAAUUCAAGCACACAAAAUAUGCUUAUGCACUUUUAUUAUUGUUUGUGCAGACCGGUGCAGUGCUUUCAGAAGAGGAGUCAUUCUGUCUAAUUAUGAAUAGAUUUGUCAAUGUUAAUGAUAAAAUAGGGAGAAAUAUUCCAUUAGACCUGCACAUGGAACACCUAAAUUUAUUACUAAAACGUCUGUCUAAAGGGAUGGGUAGUAACAUUACAACAAAGUCAUUGCAGCGAGCUGCUAGGUCAGUUGUUGCAAUAAACAAUAUAAUGGAAGGGAUUUACAAAGACUGUUCCAAGAAGAAGAAAAGUGGCAGUCACGGAAGCAAGAACCCAGAAGAGGCUGUACAAAUUGUAGUAAAGGACCUGUUAGAUGGCAAAGUGUUUCAGAAGACAAAUGGUAGAGCUGGUUACCCUACAUUUCCUAAGUUCACAUCAAAUGUCAUUGAUAUUGACUACAGAGACUUUUUUAAGUGGACAAAAGACUGCUUAAACCGUUGGAAGGGGGUGUACGAAACUACCAAGAAAUAA